CGCGCGACGAAGGGGCGGGGCCGCGCGGAGUCAGCGCAGCCAGGGAUGAGAAACUUGUCCCGGAUAUUUACCUAACUAUACCUGGCUCUUGCGACGCGCCCCGUCCCGAGGUUUCCACCGCGGACUGUCUGAGGACCAUGAACCGUCUCUGAAGCGGGACGACCGAGAAUCAGUGCGAGACAGGCCGGCCUGGAUCCAAUAAUCGUUCACCUGGAAAACCAAGACAGGACACAUGUCCCCACUCAGUGACGAGCUGAGGGCAGGGUGUUUGUCUUGAGAGGGAGGCAGAGUUACCGUGGUAACAGACAUGCCAAAACCGGACCUGCUUUGCCUAGUUCAGCUGCUGGACGGCACUAUCGAGACCUUCAGAGUCAGCAAGCAAGAUGAAGGUGUGGUUCUGUUGGACACAGUAUGCGACCACCUGGGCCUGCAGGAGAGGCAGCUCUUCAGUCUGCAGAUCAGAGAAUCCAGCACAGCCAUCGCCACAGUCACAGCCAACACACACUCUCCUAGAUGGUUGGAGCCUGAGAAACCCUUGAAGAAGCAGAUAAAAGGUCUUGCAUCUCCCUUUUAUCUGAACUUCAGAGUGCGAUUCUUCAUCUCUGAUCCUAACUCUCUGCAGCAUGAACAGACGAGGCACCUGUACUUCCUCCAGAUCAGGAGUGACAUUAGAGACGGACGGUUGCAGUGUCCGCUGAGUGCAGCUGUAGUGUUGGCCUCUUACGCCGUGCAAUCGGAGAUGGGGGAUCACUGUCCGUCACGACUUCCUGGUUACCUUUCCAAGUGCCACUUCAUUCCUGAGCAGGAUGAGGACUUCCUGUCUAAUGUGGAGGAUCUGCAUCCACAGCACAAGGGGCUGAAGCAGAGCGAGGCAGAGCUGUGUUUCCUCAACACAGCACGGACACUGGAGUUGUAUGGAGUUGAGCUCCAUGCUGCCAUGGACACUAACGACGCCCCACUGAUGGUGGGUUUGGCCUCCAGCGGCGUUGCGAUAUUCUGUAAUAUGAUUUGCUCCAGUUUCUUCCCCUGGGGGAACAUCAUCAAGAUUUCAUUCAAGAGGAAACGCUUUCUUAUACAUCUGAAACGUAAACAUGGGGAGACCCAGGAUUGUGAGGUGUCUCUGAUUCUGCCUUGUCCCAAAACCUGUAAGAACCUGUGGAGGUCCUGUGUGGAUCAUCACUCCUUCUUCAGCUCCAACCGGACUGCCAGGAGCCCCAAACACAACAACAGCACGGUUCAGUCCUACAAAAAGCUGAUAACACAACACCUGGGUCUCAGCAACAGUAAACCUGAGAGUGGCCCAGUGUGCCAGCGUGUGGUGGGAGGGAUGGUGUGGAAUCCAGUCCUGCGGAGGUCGAUUUCAUCAGAGUACCUUGAGACCAAGAGUCUGCCCUCUAGAUCGCCCCCAAACACCCCCAACUGGCGAAGUCCUCGAGUUCGCCAUGGCAUCCGUAAACCUCGCCCAUCCUCAGUUGAACUUACGAAUGACCUGAAAGACAUGUCAGAGGGGGAGGACGUCUUCUACACAUACAGAGCAUCUGUAAGCAGCAGUAAGGACAGUGAGGGAGACGCUUCACCGCAUCACCUCUCUGGCUCUUACAGCCAGGGCACAGAUGAGGCUUUGUUACAAAUUGAUGACAGUAUAGGAGAGGAGGAUGGUGACAACAGCUCACACAAUUACCAUAAGGGCGCUCUCGGCGAUGGCGACCUGAUGCUGAUAUGUAUCGCCCCCGAUCAUGACGGCAAGUUUGGCUUCAAUGUUAAAGGUGGGGUGGAUCAGAAGAUGCCGCUGUCCAUAUCCCACGUUAAACCUGACUCCCCGGCGGGUCGAUGCGAGCCCAAACUCCUGGAGGGAGACCUGGUGGUGCUCAUCAACGGUCGAGACAUUUCCGAGCACACACACGAUCAGGUUGUCAUGUUCAUACGAGCCAGCAGAGAGUCGCACUCCAGAGAGCUGGCCUUGCUCAUCAGACGUAGAGGUCCCGGCCGGGUGGCACCCCUGCUGCAGUUGCCCCCUGCCCUCACGCUCACCGGCCAGUCACAGGGAGACAAGCUGUCACCUGGCCAGUCGGAGCGGGUCACGACACUGGAGGAAUCAAUGAGACAGCUGGAGAGAAGCAUACAGUCCGGCACACUCUGUUUCCACUUUGAGAAUUUAUACAGGAGGAAGCCUGGUCUGACACUAAACUGUGCUCGGCUCCCUGAGAACAUGGACAAGAAUCGAUAUAAGGAUGUUUUACCUUAUGAUGCCACCAGAGUGGUGCUUCAGGGCCAGGAGGACUACAUCAACGCCAGCCACAUCACGGUGGCGCCCCCAGUGUCUGGUGUAUGUUUACGUUAUGUCGCGGCUCAGGGUCCGUUGCCACAGACCUGCACUCACUUUUGGCAGAGUGUUUGGGAGCAACAGACACACACCAUCAUCAUGCUAACAACUCUGACAGAGAGGGGACGGACCAAGUGCCACCAGUACUGGCCACAUCCACCGGAAGUGAAGGAUUACGGACACAUGCGGGUGAAGUGUCACUCUGAGGAGUGUAACCUGGCGUAUGUGACGCGGCAGUUCACUCUGACACACACACAGCGGGGUGAGGAACGUGCAGUCACACACCUGCAGUAUGUUGCGUGGCCCGACCACGGUGUACCCGAUGACCCUUCCGACUUCCUGCUGUUCAUCAGCUCGGUCAGGGAGAGGAGGAGAGGUGAAGAGCCACUAAUGGUACACUGCAGCGCUGGUAUUGGACGGACAGGUGUUCUGAUUACCAUGGAAACGGCCCUGACUCUGUUGGAUCAGGGCCGGCCGGUGUUCCCGCUGGACAUUGUCAAAACAGUGAGAGAUCAGCGAGCCAUGAUGGUUCAGACCACGUGUCAGUUCCAGUUUGUGUGUGAGGCCAUUCUGCGAGUCUACAAAGAGAAACAAAAGGGAUCUACAGCACCGUAGCCCAAAUCAGCAACAGGACCAGAACAGAACAGACACACUUAACGUUUCAGCCUCACCUCAUUGCAGGCGACUGCCACGGAGGGACUAUAGCAGAUUAACCUCUGUCACCGCCUCUGAGACUGGUAUACAGACUGGAUAAUGAGAGUAUAACCAGCUUCAGAGCACAGCUGUCUGUGAUCUGUGUAGCCUAGAUUCAAUGUGGGAGUAUGAGUCUUAUACCUAGUCGGCCUUAGUGUUUGCUGAUAGUGCAUUAAGCUUGUAGAGGCUGCGGUCUCCAUAGAGACUGAUGUAAGACUGGUGUGAGCUGCUAAUUUCUGUCCAAGAGGCCACUCAGGAAUGUUGCCUCUACUUAUUAAGCUACAUGUGCCUUAGACUGACGCCUCCCAGUCGAUGGAUCGAACGGAGCGGCGGAGGCAGACCUGGAUCGUUAUAAUCUGUAGUUCAUCUGUGUGUCCAAAGACGAAGAGCAAGGCAGGCUUUAGAUCACUACAGCAGAUACUGUAAGGUCAUGGUGAUGCAGUCCGCCAGAGGAGCACCAAACCCCACUGUUCAACACUCUUAAAUUAUUAAGACACUAAAUAAACACACUGAUUUAUA